AUUGGUUCAGCAAUUGAAUCACUCGUGCUGUGGACGGAACGUGAAGAGGUCGGUAAAUAAGUUCUCAAAGUAUCAUGGACAGUGCAAAAAUCCAACAGUUAGGAGAACGAGCUGCUAAGGCCGAAGCCGAGAUUGCGGCCCUGAUGCAACAGCUGACGAUGCUUACAUCAGGUGUUGCGGGCAAUUGUGUCGAAGACAACAGUGAAGCUGAGAAGUUGAUGGCGGAAAAUGCGAAACUCAAUUAUCGAAUCAACAUCAUGAAAAGAGCGUUGGAAGACAAUAGUAGUCAGAGGAGUGCAAAAAAAUGUAUACCAGAAUCUUCUCCUAAUGGCAUGGUAAACAUCCUACUGAAACUAGAAGAAUUGUUCGGGUUGGCUAUUGAGCAGGCCUUCCCAGAUGUGAAGGGGUUUCAAGUGGUUGUUGUACCAACCACCCCAAAUUUUGGAGAUUAUCAGUUUAAUGGAGCCAUGUCUCUUUCUAAAUUGCUAAGAACCAUGGGAAAAUCACUCAAUCCCCGUGAAGUGGCUGGUGUCAUCCGAGAAAGUGUUCCCUCCAAUUUAGUCAUCGACACCCUUGAACUCGCUGGUCCUGGAUACAUCAACAUUAGACUAAAACCAUCUUUUGUCCAAGAACAACUUGGCUUAUUGUUGACAUGUGGUGUGAGGCCACCAUGCGAUGUCGAAAAGAAAAAAGUGAUUGUUGAUUUCUCAUCACCAAAUAUUGCCAAAGAAAUGCAUGUUGGCCACCUUCGCUCCACCAUUAUUGGUGACAGCAUUUGCAGGCUACUCGAAUUUCUUGGCCAUGACGUCCUUCGAAUUAAUCACGUUGGUGAUUGGGGAACUCAAUUUGGAAUGUUAUUAGCUCAUCUCGAAGAUCGUUUUCCCAACUUUGCCGAAGAAACGCCUCCUAUUGGAGAUCUGCAGUCCUUUUACAAGGAAUCAAAAGUUCGUUUCGAUAGCGACGCUGAUUUUAAGAAGCGAGCCUAUGCUUGUGUAGUUAAACUCCAGUCGCACGAUCCUGUUUACAUCAAAGGAUGGCAAGCCAUUUGCGACGUUUCUCGCCGAGAAUUUCAGAAAAUUUACGACCGAUUGGACAUCAAAAUCAAAGAAAGAGGAGAGUCUUUUUAUCAAGAUUUAAUGAAGAAAACAGUGACCAUGUUGGAGGAGGCUGGUGUUCUCAAAGAAGACGAGGGCCGCAAGGUGAUGUUUGCUCCCGGGAUUGCCGUCCCAUUAACGAUCGUGAAGUCGGACGGUGGUUACACGUACGACACGUCUGAUAUGGCCGCCAUUCGACAGCGAAUCCAUGAUGAAAAGGCUGAUUGGGUCAUCUACGUUGUGGAUUUAGGUCAAGCUGGCCAUUUCGAAACUAUUUUUGCAUGUGCAGAAGUUGCUGGUUGGCUGGAUCGUAAGAAAACACGUGUCGAACACGUCGGUUUCGGUGUGGUUUUGGGUGAGGACAAGAAGAAGUUUAAAUCCCGCUCAAGUGAGACUGUCCGCCUCGUAGAUUUGCUUGACGAAGGACUUCGACGAGCAAAGGAAAAAUUGAUUGAAAAGGAACGAGACAAGAUUUUAACUCCAGAGGAAUUGGAAAGUGCUCAAAAUGCUGUAGCUUACGGAUGUGUUAAGUAUUCUGAUCUGGCCCACAAUCGCAAUGGCGAUUACGUAUUUUCUUUCGACAAGAUGUUGGAGGAUAAAGGCAAUACCGCAGUCUACCUACUGUAUGCGUACACGCGUAUCAGAAGUAUCGCACGAACAGCUAACAUAACGGACGAGCAAAUCAAAAAGGCGGUUGCUGAUGGUAUUCCGUUGGGGCACGAAAAGGAAAUGAAAUUGGCAAAACUGUUGCUCCGAUUCCCCGAAACGAUUGUCCGUUUGACAGUCGAUUUAUUCCUUCAUCCGCUUUGCGAAUACCUUUACGAAGUUAGCACGGUCUUUACGGAAUUCUACGAUGUUUGUUACUGCGUGGAGAAAGACCGAACUACCGGCCAGAUUGUCCACAUCAAUAUGGACCGAAUGGCUCUGUGUGAAGCCACUGCAAAUGUUAUGGCUCAGUGUUUCUCUCUCCUAGGCCUGAAAACCGUUCAGAAAAUGUGAAACUAAUCAAGAGAGCAAUACAUUGGAUGCAAACAUCA